CGGAAACGGAAACGUCCUUCCCCGCGAAGACCUUCAAACCUGGCGUUUGAGACUCAACAUCAUCAUCCACACUUAACCAGUUAUUUAGCAGCAAGCAGCAGCCCUGCCCACAAUGGAGGUGGAGGGGUUUGGUGACCUGCUUCAGCAGGCAGAACAGCUGACCGCUGACAUGGACAGCGGGACUGACCUGCCUCACGUUGAGCGGAACCUGCAUCAGAUUCUAGAGGCUGGCCAGAGACUGCUCACAAAGACAGCCCCUGUCAGUCAGGAUGCAUCUGAUGUUAAGGCGUCAAUUCUACUGGGGUCAAAGGGCUAUGCUGUACCCAAGAUUGCAGAGAGACUCGAGGGCCUCAAGGCCACCACAACAUUUGAGCCACUGGAGCCUGUUGCUGACACAGAUAUUCAGGGAUUCCUGAGAAAUGAGAGGGAAAAUGCCUUCUUGGCUGUAAUUGAACAAACGAGAAAACAUACAUUUGAAGAAGCCGAGCGUCGCCAGUGGGAAUGUAUGGAAAAUGAAUGGGAACGAGAGAAACAGAAGAUCCUCAACACGCUGCUCAGUUCCAGUCAAGAUGGUUUGGAGCUACAACAGGAAACAGAGUCGUUCAUCGGUGACACAAUAUACACACAAGGGCGGAGCAGCCUGGAUCAUGUGGAGAUGGCCUAUGCCAGACAGGUGUUCAUGUACAAUGAGCAAGUCAUUGAGGGCAGUAUACGUCCCAGCCUGGUGGACAUGUUUGUUGAAGUAGCAAAGAAAAUUGAUGACAAGAGUGUGUGUGACCUAUGGAACAUGGUGCAGUGUAUGGUGGAGGUCCCCCUCAGUCUCCCGGUGGGGACCAGCCCAGCAGCCAUGAGGCAGGACAAGCGCAUGCAGAUGGCCUUCAUCAACAAGGCGCGGCAGUACCUCGAACAGACGUACGUGAAGUACAUUCAUACAACAAUCUAUGUGAACCUGCAACAAGCCCAGUUGGGUGGAGUCCCUGGAACACUCAACCUGGUGAAGAGCUACCUGAAAGUCAGGCCCCCUGUCACAGUGCGGGGAUCAGAGGAGGGCAUGUUGGAGGGUCUGCCAGUGUGGGCACUCAUCUACUACUGUCUUCGCUGUGGGGAUCUUAAGGCUGCUCAGCAAGUUGUGGAAAAAGCUUCGCAUCAGCUGGAUGACUUCCCAGGCUUCUUCAGGGAAUACGUCAACAGCUCGGACCACAGAUUGAGUCCUGGCAGCGACACGAAGAUCAAGCUACAGUAUCGACGCAUCGUCAAGAACAGCACAGACCCAUACAAAAGGGCAGUGUACUGUGUGGUUGGCCAGUGUGACUUCAGUGAAGAUCAUGCAGAGAUCUCGGACAAGAUAGAUGACUACCUUUGGCUCAAGUUGUGGCAGAUCCAGUUUGAACCAGAUGAGACUGGGCAGGAGCAGUUUACUUUGCAGAAGUUGCAGACACUGUUGUAUAAAGAUUAUGGUGAGAGUCACUUUAACGGCUACAGUCAACCAUUCCUGUAUUUCCAAGUGCUCUGUUUGACGGCACAGUUUGAGGCCGCCAUAGAGUUUCUGUCCCGGAUCGAGAGGCUGCGAUGUCAUGCUGUUCAUGUGGCUCUUGUCCUAUAUGAACUGAAGCUCCUUGCACUGCCAGUCAACUGUCAGGCACAGCUGUUAUCCAGUAACUCCAGUGACAUGUCCCCAAUGAUGAGGCUGAAUCUGGCUCGACUCAUCAUGAUGUACACACGCAAGUUUGAAGCUACUGAUGCUCGGGAAGCCUUGCAGUACUUCUACUUCCUCAGGGAUUUACGCACCAGCAGUGACGACAACUUGUUCAUGUCUUGUGUCAGUGAGCUGGUUCUGGAAACAAGAGAGUUUGAAAUGCUGCUGGGAAAACUAGAAAGAGAUGGCACAAGGAAACCUGGAGCUAUUGACAAGUUCAACAGAGACACCCAGAAGAUAAUAGAGCUGGUUGCCAAGGAUACAGAAUCUAAAGGACUCUUUGAAGAUGCAGUGAUGUUAUUUGAUUUAGCGAAGAAUCACGAGAAGACGUUGACCCUACUAAACAAACUGCUGAGUCAGGUGAUCUCCCAGCCAGGGGCGCCGCAGUCCAACAGGGACAGGCUGAAGAACAUGGCUCUUGGUAUUGCUCAGAGGUAUCGCACACUUGGUUAUGAGGGCACACAGGCCACAUCCAACACCUUCUACCUUCUGCUCGACUUGAUCACCUUCUUCGACCUGUACCAUGUUGGUAGCUUGGACCAAGGUUUAGAGGUUGUUAAACAGCUGAAGUUGCUUCCACUGACUGCAGAGGAAGUUGAACACAGAGUCAACUCUUUCCGACACUUUACAGAUGAGGUGAGACGGUGCCUGCCAGACAUCCUCCUUGCUGUGAUGAACAUCCUCCACAACAAGUACAAGAACCUCAGAAAUGCUGGUAUCCAAAGUCCGACACCAGGACAGAGAGGACGACUGGAUGAUGGGGGAAAGGAUACGUAUUUGAACUACUUGAGGAGUCAAGCAAGAGCCCUGAUCAUGUUUGCCGGGAUGCUGCCAUACCGGUUACCGGGGGAUACAAACUCCAGACUUGUACAGAUUGAAGUGCUGAUGAACUGAUACUCUUCAACUGAUCAUCAUUAAUCAACAGAGAAGUCAACUGAGUGUAACCUACAUGUUAAAGUGGAAUCCAUUUGCUUGUAAACACAAUGCAUAUCGUUACCUAUGUAUCGUGAUACGUAUCUAAUCAUGAUCUUGCUGUAUGGUUUCACCCCAAAGUACCACUCUGUCUUGUAGCUCAUCUUUUUCAUUUAUGAUAGUGCUAAUGAAAGUGUUUUUUUUUUUGGCUGUACAUCUGAUUUAAAAAUAACUUACCUGCAAACCCCCAGAAACCCUGACUGAAAUGAAUUAAGAUAUUUAUCAGUCACUAUUGACUGCUCCUAAAAGGAAUGAAGGUUGUUUGGUCAUGAACUGUGACCUGGCUGAUCAUGUCUUCCUGACCCGACAGGAUGGAUCAGAAGCUUUGUUCAUGUUAUCAACCACUGGUUUUCCUGGCUCAGAAGGAUUAUUUACUGCCCACUGUGAGGUAGCUUGAUUGUUGGAGGGAUAUUGCUGACCGCAGUUGAACAACAUUCACACAUUCACUACAACACUCUCAACUGUCAUGUCUGUGCUGAGGGGCUCAGUUCUGUUCUCAUCCAACUUACAGGGGGGGACGGGUGGCCCAGUCGUCUAAGGCGCCGCGAUUCGCUGUGCAGAGUUGCGUCCCUUGGGCACGACAGAAACCUAUGAUUGUGGGUUCGAAUCCCGGGGUUCACCCCGAUUAUGUUUAUAUAGGUUUAUUCGAGGUUGACUUGAAUCAGUCUCAGUUAACAGUGUGUUCUGAUUGCACAUGAAUACUUUUGGGAAAUAAUGUUUAAAUUUUGUACUUUUAAUGCACAAGUUUUGUCUUUUUUUCAUUGUUUUAUGUACUAGCUGAUGUUUAUUGUGUUUUAAGGGUGGGGGGUGGCCUAGUGGUUAAAGCGUUCGGUCAUCACGCCAAACGGAUGGGUUUGAUUCUCCACAUGGGUACAAUGUGUGAAACUCAUUUCUAGUGUUCCUGUUGUGAUAUUGCUGGAAUAUUCCUCGAAACAGCGUAAAACCAUACUCACUCAGUCUUAUGUUUUAUUGUAAUAUAAUAGAGACUGUGAUGUGAACUUAGUUGACCUCUCUGUCUUGUACAUACCAAGAUGUCAUCCAACAUCACGUCAUUGUACAUAUCUUGUCAUCUUCAGAAUCAAAUGUGGCUAAUUGAAAAAGAAUAAAUUGAAAUGUAAAUUCA